CUUUUGGUAUUAAAGCUGCUUAUGCAGAUGCAGAUAAAUUGGCCUUAACUCAUGCCGUUGGAAUAUAUCUAAUUGGAUGGACAAUAUUCACAUUCCUCUUAUUUUUGGCAACAUUCCGAUCUAACGGAGGAAUAAUGGCAUUGUUCUUUUUCUUAACGUUGACUUUCCUUUUAUUGACGUUAGGAAAGUUUGUGAAUGAAGAUCAGCCAUUUCCAAACGGUUUUACAAGAGCUGGUGGUAUAUUCGGUAUAAUUACUGCGUUGAUCGCUUGGUAUAACGCUUUAGCAGGUUUACUUACCCCUGAUAGCUCUUAUUUCACUUUACCUACUUUUGAUUUAAGUCGCAAGA